AUGCUAUACCUCCUCCUCCUCCUCCUUCCUAUAGUCUCUAGUGCUCCUCUCUAUGCUGACCUACUACAUGACUUUGUGGUCAAGCUGAACUUUAGUCGAGCUGAGGUUGAGGAUGCUGAUGCCACCCGGAUAAGGUUUCCGGGAGGCCACAUGUUCUCGUGCAGCAUGCCUAAUGAUAAAACUGCCCGGGGGUCUACGAGUGGUGGAAAUGAUCUCUAUCAUUUGCCGAGUGACUAUUGGUCGUAUGAGCUGUGCCCUGGGAAGGAGGUCUCGCAGUUUAGAGUUGAUGGAACUACAAUCAACCUGGCGCAUGUUCCUAAGACGCUGAUCGGUAGCUUCGUUGGAGGUAGUAGGCGAGUCCUCAGCAAUGGUACUAUUGAGGAACGGUACGAGGAGGGAGCAGCUAACCGGACAGCCACUGUGCAGUACGUUUGUGCUCGUAGCACGGAUACUUUCAUAGAUGUCACUGAACCUGAGAUCCACCAGUAUCGGUUUGUCGUGGGUCAUCCAGCUGCUUGCACCACGUAUACUCUCGACGAUGGUACGUAUGUCUAUGAUGAACUGGAUGAAGAGGAAGGCCCAUUCAAUAACCUCAGCGAUGUGCCGGAGGCUAGGGAGGGAUCUGUCACUAUCGACCGACUCAUUUCACUUAACUACAGGCGCAAGUCUCGAUCACUGUACGGUGGUUCUUAUACGACCUCUUCUGAGUGUAGCAAUUUCACCAUUGGAUACUGGUCCUACCAAUACUGUUACCCCCAUGUUUUGUGGCAGUACCACGUGGCAUCGGCCACAGGAGAGAUUGACGGCAGGCCACAUCUUCUGGGCAACAUCAUUAACGGUAGUCGAGAGGCUCUUGAGGCUGACGAGGAUACCUUUGCUGCCCGAGUGCCUCGUUUCACUAUGAGCUCCAUGGCUCUAUCUUCUAGCGACCAUGGUCGUCGAUGGCCCAGAGUCGUUCGACGUGAGGUUAUGUACACGCUCGGCAAUGGCAGCAUAUGUCACGAGAAUAACGAGACGAGAUCGGUGUUGGUCAAGUUGGCGUGUCCUGAUGACUGGGAGGACUGGAAGCCUGGUCAGGACCCACGAGUGGAGUCCCUUGUUGAGGUUGCCUUAUGCCGCUAUACUCUAUCCAUUUCUGUACCUGCUCUUUGUGCCGAUUUGAGGAUGUUGCCUCGUCGACGGGAUCCCGCCAAGGACGAGAUACGUUGUCAUCGAGUGGAGCCGGCAAACUCAAAUGUUGCCGCCGUUGGAGAGAAAUUGAGUGGAGUCGACUCAGCGAGCGUGGCCUCACAGCAUGAGAUGCAGAGCAUUGUAUAGGCUGCCUGAAUGGCUCA